UUGAUCCUAAAAUUCCUGAAAGAAAAGGAAAAAAAAAAAUAACUACAACGCUCGGCAACAGAGUCCGUGACUGAGAAAGAUUCCACGGCGGUGCAAGUGUAAUCGUCGGAGCCCACCACCAUACACACCGAAUCAUUUUCUUAGAUCGAUUUCCCCUUCCCUAUUCAAAUCUCAUUUCCAGUCGGUGGAUUUUGCCUCGCCUCCAACAAUGGAAGCCACUGACAACUCAUCAGAAUCCACCGUCUCAAAUGAUUCUCAAAGAUUACCUGGGAUGGUUAAUUGGGGACCACCAACUGUUAUUUCCGUAUUUGCAGGCAUGUUAUAUGGUGGUAGCAGGGAGGCUUCUUCUUCUGUUAGCAAGGAUGCAGAAGUGAUGUUGAAACUUGGGAGCACAGAAGACAAACGAGCACAAUAUCGAUUGAUGAGAGAUGCAAUGGAGAAACGGUUCAUUCGAGUUACACGAGGCGCACUAGUUGGAGGGGUACGACUUGGAAUGUUCACUGCUGCAUUUUAUAACAUACAAAAUCUGCUUGCAGAGAAGCGAGGUGUGCAUGAUGUUUUCAAUGUUGUGGGAGCUGGAUCAGCCACUGCUUCAGCUUUUGGUUUAAUAAUGCCAGGAUCGUUCCGUUGGCGAGCAAGGAAUAUGGCACUAGGAUCAGUACUGGGAGCAGCAUUUUGUUUUCCUCUGGGUUGGAUCCAUUUGAAGAUGGUAGAAAUAGCUAAUGAAGAGAAUCUGGCUGCACAUUCAGAUCAGAGAGAAGUAAAGGGCGGUGUUAGUGCUGCAAUUGAGAGACUUGAAGAAAAUUUAAACAAAAAAUAAAAGAAAGCUGUUGUUAGGUGUGAUAUCAUACCCCUCGAUCCCCUUAUCAUUUUUAUUUUCUCAGAGAAGGGGUAAUCAUGUGUUGGAAAUGAGGAAAGCACUUCAAACGUUACUCAUGAAUAUCAACACCUUCAUAGGAAAACUAGUGCUAAUUCAGUUAUUUAGCGUUAGGUUUUUACAGUUGAGAUUACUCGCCCAUCUGUUAUUUUGCUAGCACGUUUUAAGUCUUGGUCGUACAAGUAGUAUACAUAUUUUUAGAGUGCAGCUGUUUUUUGAUUUCAUAUAUUCUUAUGGCCCACAGCCAAAACGAGAAGGAAAUCAAUGCACUCUAAGGGCAUUUGAAAGAAGCUUGAUUGGGUUUAUGCUAUACUUUUGUAAUCUAAACACUUGUGUAACAGGUGUGCUUGAAAGAGCUUAUGGUAUCAAGAAUAAACGUAAAUGUAGAGGUUAUGUGAAAUUUUUCUUCGAACAACUUAUACAUAAACACUUAUUAACUAGCAA